CAGAUACGGUCCCACCGACUGCGGUGCUUGGCAACCCAUAUAAAACGUGAUGACGUCUUCCUCUCUGAGCGUAUUAUGGGAUGUGUGGAAUUAAACAGCGAGGGCAGUAUAUAGAAAAAUAAAUAGCUUAUAAACGAGGUUGAAGUAAACAUGGAGCUAUCGGCUGUUGGAGAGCGUGUCUUCGCUGCCGAGUCCAUCAUCAAACAACGCAUAAGAAGAGGUCGAAUGGAAUACCUUGUGAAAUGGAAGAGCUGGUCUAAAAAAUAUAGCACCUGGGAACCAGAGGAAAACAUUCUAGAUGCGCGCCUCUUCGCUGCGUUCGAAGAAAGGGAGCGUGAAAGGGAGUUAUUUGGGCCUAAGAAGAGGGGACCGAAGCCGGAGACAUUUCUGCUGAAGGCAAAGGCGAAAGCCACAGCAAAGACUUAUGAAUGCAGAAGAGAAAUGCCAAGGGGGAUUCGUGUUUCAUACCCUGUUCCGAUGCCUAUGAUUACACCGAGAGCUCGAGAAGGACUACGGGCUGUCGUGCCCACAAUCUUUCCCCCUAGCACGGUCAACCGAGGAGAGAGCGUGAGGGUCAGACUGCCAGAGACUGAGAGAAGGCCGCGACCGGCGCCUCCGCACCCAUUCAUGGCUGAGGAAUUUGUCAACAUCCCUAGAAAAAGGGGACCUAAACCCAAGUUGCGUUUACGAUUCAACAUGGAGCCAGACAGCUGUCCAACAGAGGAGCCCGCGAAGAGGAGUCGGUUAGAGGAGCAGCAGGACCCAUACGGUCUGUCUAAAAUGUCCAGACAUUGUCAUCAUGAAGGCGAAACAUCUAAGAGAAGUGUCAUCCAGUUGACACGCAGGUUUCAAGAGGGAACGAGCAUUGUGCCAAAAUCAAACAAAACUCAAAGACUGCUGGGGACUGUGUCCCAUCCUGGCACCCAUAGCCAUGACGGUAGACUCCUCCAUAAGGCUAGACUCGAUCAACAGAGCCGCAGGACUUUAGAAUGCCCUGGGGGCAUGUCUGUCCCACACCCCAAACUGAAACAUGUGUCCACCAAAAACCAUUUCUACAGAGCCAGUGACUCUUCUUCAUCCAUGCAACAGUCUAGGCCCAUUGUUGUCGCCAAAUCACCUGCAUCGAGGAGUUCUGGAGAGCAGUCAGCAGUGUCUUGGAGGCCUUGUCUGGAUAAUGUUGAGAAUGUGGUGGUAACCGAUGUGACAACAAACUUUUUGACAGUCACCAUCAAAGAGAGCAGCACAGACAAAGGUUUUUUCAAAGAUAAUAGAUGAAAUGAAGUCAGUAUCUGCUUCACAUAACAUGACUAACAAUGCAACAGCUAUUUGUAAGAAGUUAGUAAUAGCUUAAUCAUGAUCAUUUGAGAUACAUUUUCUAUAGGCCUAACUAUAUCCAGAGUUGUAUGUUUAAUAUGUAUUAUGUCAAAGUAUUUAAUGUAAUAAUGACAAAAUUAAACAUGUCUAUCUA